UGAGGGAUGUCUGAGUUUAGUGCCUUGUAUUGUGACUGGGUUCCUUGUGUAGCUAUCAAGAAGUGGAGGGUUUAUAUUGGAGUUUAAUGUUCUGUAUAUAUAGUAGGCACAAUAAUGAGUGUAUCUUUCGCAUAUUUAGUAGGUUUAAACUUUUGAAAAGUGGUGAGGUGUGGUGUCUGGCACAGGAGUUAGUGAUCAUCAGCACAGUAGUAUCGUCUAUGUACCCAGAGGUGGACUGGCCAUACGGGCAUUUGGCAGUGCCCUGGCAGUGCCCUGUGGGCCGCUGGGCUUAGAACAAAAACAGCUGAAAAAUGUCACGAAAAACUGAAGUCAUAGUCGCUGCACAAAGAUUGAAAUGAAAAUGGAACGCGCCUCUGGCCCUCAGCAGUGUUAGCCUCGGGGCCAGGAGCUGAGUCUCGACCCCUGCAACCACAAUUAGCCUAGAUGGCAGUGUUGUAGUGAGUGUGGUGAUGGUGGAGUGUAUGUGCUGGUGAUCCACACUGACCACACACUGUUGGUCUUAUCCUACCCAUUGGGCACUGCUGACCUUGUUAACACCUGCCACAUGACCUGACGAGUGGUAGGGGCGGAAACUCGUCUAUAUACUCGCUGGCGACUGACUCCAAGCACUUGCAGCAGAAACACAAGUUUCCCCUUGAGGUGAGUGGGGAGGCACGUGGAGGGUGGAAGUGGUAGCAGGGAUGGUGGGCAUGCUUGAAGAGUGAUGCCACUGCCCUCACCUUAUCGCAACCCAGGCAGAUGGCGUGCUGUUGUAUUCCAGCAGGAGGUCAGACACGGUACUGCAGGUUGUCUGCUGUCGGUGGUGUUGCUGGCACCGCUGCUGGUGCCUGAGUGGGGCGUGGCACCAGUAGGGGCCCUGGUGCUGGUGUACAGCUGUGUGCUGGUGCCUGCCGUAACUAACUACUACUCUUUCUCCCGCUUGCUCAUCCGCCUGGCCCGGGCACUUAUUCAUGGCUGGAAUAAGGGCAGGUCGGCAGUACACACAGGUCUGGUGGCCUCCUUAGGCUGGGUGGUGGUGUGGGUGGCCCACUGGACACAAGUAUUUCUGUGGCAUGUCCUGAGCAUGGUAGUGAGGGCACUGGUGGUGCCCUUGGUGGUGGUGGGUUGUAUUCUACAGCUGCUACACCGCCUCUACCUCACCUUCCACGGUCCCAGGACCACCAGCAACCAGACUCGUCAUUGGGUGCAGACGCAGCAGGCCAGGGAGGCGCAGGACCUCCUUCGUCUCAUGGCUUGGUACAUCACUGUCAGGUUAGGUAAAGGAGUAGCUAUGUCCUUCGUCCUCGUCAUGUUUACACUCCAGUUCAGCCACGUCGAACCUGACCUCGUCUACAUCGCCAGCACCUUCAUCUACUUCGUCAUCACCCAGCGCAAGUGGACGGGAAACGAGCGCAUUGUGUCGUGGUGUCGUGCGCUGCAGGUGGGUCUCCUGGAGGAGGAGGAAGAGUUCUGGGUGCCACUGUUGCUGCGGUGGCUGCCUGUGGCUGCGUCACUAUGUGUGGGGGCGCUGGUGGUGCCCUCAUGGCCCCUGCUGGUGGUAGUGGCAGCCUACACCAACCUGCUGGUACCAGGGAUACUCCUGGCAGAUGAGUACCUGGCUCACCAGGCCAGGUACAGUGUCCUCACUACCAGGUGCAGGAGAGCCACACCACAGGAGGUAGCAGAGGACUCGAUGUGUCCAGUGUGUCUGGACCAGGUGAGACAAGGUCGUGUCACACCGUGUGGUCACCUCUACCACGCUUCCUGCCUCAGGAAGUGUCUUCUUCUCUCUCCACUCUGUCCACUUUGUAAACAAACUAUAUAACUUACAAGAUGCAUGGAACAGUUCGCUGAAGCGGGACAUUAUAAAGUUAAGAAGAACAUAAGAACGAAGGAACACUGCAGAAGGCCUACUGGCCCAUGCGAGGCAGGUCCAAGUCUCCUACCGGCUUAAGCCAAUGCACCCAACCUAGUCAGGUCAGGUCACAUUGACUUAAGGGAGGAACACGGCAACCGACCUGUUAGCACAAGCUAUCAGGUCUAACUCACACCCACCCACAUCUACUCAUGUAUUUAUCCAACCUAUUUUUAAAGCUACACAACGUUCUGGCCUCUAUAACGGUACUUGGGAGUUUGUUCCACUCAUCCACAACUCUAUUACCAAACCAGUACUUUCCUAUAUCCUUCCUGAAUCUGAACUUUUCCAACUUAAAA